AUGGCCUCUUUGCGUCGCAGUGCAUCUGUAUCGCCGCUGCGAGACGAGACGGUGUCGAGUCCAUCCACGUCCGAGGCUGCCGUGCCCAACGAGCCAGGUACACGUCCUUCGAGUGUCCAGGUCCGUGUGACGCCCGGUCCCUUGGCCGAGUAUGUCAUGCGACGUAGCCGGCCUUUGCACGUCUCCAAUCCGAACAAGUGGGAGCCUGACGAAGAUGCGAAAGAGUGCCGACAGUGUGGACGCUCUUUCACGCUCUUCUACCGACGGCAUCAUUGUCGGCUGUGCGGGAAGAUCUAUUGCGAUGCAUGCACGUCGAACCGUGUCCAGCUCACAGAGGGCGAAAUGGUGAUUGAUCCCAUGAUGCCGGACAUGCGCGAGGAGGAGAGUCAGUACCCUACGCGAGUGUGUGAUGGCUGCUACGACAGCCUUGGUCUGCUACCUCGCGAGCGUGCUGCGCCUGCUGCGUCCACUACACCGACUGGCCCCCGUCUCUCACGCUUGUAUUCCAUGCUCCGCCUCUCCUCGUCCGCGACGUCGCCCACAGAAGAUUGGUCCGACGAGGAUGAGGAUACGAUACCCAGCACCACUUCGCCGUCCCUAAGCGCAAGCAUUAUGGAGCGCUGCCCAGUGUGCGAUGCCCACCUCUCUACGUUUGCAUCCACGGAGGCGUUUGAGCAGCACGUCGCGCACUGCCUGGAGCAGGGCGUCGUGCCUGCGCGUCCACAGCGCAUCCACUUUGUGACGUCCACGGUGCCUUCCAUGUCGCCGCUGGUCGGCAAGGAAUGCAUUAUCUGUAUGGAAGAAUUUGACGUGGGCGACAGGAUCGCGCGUCUUACGUGUUUUUGCUGUUUUCAUGUCGCUUGCAUUAAGCAAUGGCUUGAGAAGGCCUCGGCAUGCCCCAUCCACUCGGACGAACCCGAUGCUUAG